UGCCCGACUGGUGGUGGUGGGACACUGGAGUUUGUCUCAAACUCCUCCGCUCGUGUAGGAAUCAUGAUCACCGUGUCUUAUAUUUUGUUGCUCGGCUUGUUUUCGUCUGCCGUAGCCGGACAGGGACACAGCUCGCCCCGUUUUCGGAGGCUGCGGAGGGAGUUUGUGGAUGAGGGUUUAGGGAGGACGCUGGUGUCUACACGCAGCGCAGGACUGAAUGAACAGACCUGCACAGCUCUGCCUGCAGCAGAGGCAGCCCUGCUCAACAACACCAGCACUUUCACGUUCAAAGUGCGAACCCUGAGCUCUCUGUCACUAGCCUGGGUGGGAGAUGGAUCGGGGGUGCUGCUGGUGCUGACCACGUUUCAGGUGCCGUCGUUCACCAUGCGCUUCGGCCAGUCCAACCUCUACAGAAGUGAAGACUACGGGAAGACGUUCAAAGAUGUGACUCAUCUGAUCAACCACACCUUCAUUCAGACAGAGUUUGGCAUCUCUAUCAGUCCGGAUCAAUCGGGGAAGGUGAUCCUGACCGGUGACGUGUCUGGGAUGGGCGGAUUUCAACUCUUUCGCUCUCAGGACUUUGGCCUGACCUUUGUGCCCACCGACCUGCCGUUUGACCCUCUCAUCCAGAUGUUGUACAACCCUGCAGACAGCAACACACUUGUGACGCUCAGUAUCACGCUGGACCUGUGGCUGUCCGAGGACUUUGGCGCCACCUGGAGAAAGAUCCAUGACAGCGCCUGUUUAGUCAGAUGGGGUCCAAAGAACAGCAUCUACUUCACAACCAGCAACAACGUAUCGUGCGGUGAAAAGGGAAUGCUAGAAUUAAGGAAAACCGUUGACUAUGGCAGAAAUUUCCAGACUAUUGCAACUGGAGUUUACUCAUUUGUACUGGGAGGAAAAUUUGUCUUUGCCUCUAUCAUGACAGGCAUGGGUACAGAGCGUAUGAUUCAUGUCUCAGUGGACGGCGGUGAGCACUGGAACAUCGCUCAGCUUCCAACAGUUAACCACCAGCAGUUUUACUCCAUCCUCACAGCCACCCAGGACAUGAUCUUCAUGCACGUGGACGAUCCCGGAGACUCCGGUGCUGGAACCAUCUAUGUGUCAGGUGACAGAGGAGUUGUGUUCUCCAAGUCUCUGGAGCGCCAUCUCUACACUACCACAGGAAGUGACACAGACUUCACCGCCAUUUCUUCCCUCAGGGGCGUCUACAUGACCAGCGUUCUGACAGAAGACGGUACAGUGGAGACAGUGAUCACUUAUGACCAAGGAGCAAAGUGGCAGACACUACGCAGGCCUCAUAACAGCAACUGCAACACCGACACGUCUACCAACAGACCCAACAGAUGCAGACUUCACAUCCACGCCUCCUACAGCACCACCAUGAGGGUCAACGUCCCCAUGCUGCCUCUGUCGCAGCCCAAUGCUGUGGGCCUCAUCCUGGCUCAUGGCAGCAUUGGAGACGCAGAGUCGGCUCUCUUCCCUGACGUGUAUGUGUCUGAUGACGGGGGCUACACGUGGAUGCUGGCCCUCAGGGGUCCACAUCACUACGCCAUCCUGGACUCUGGAGGCCUGCUGGUUGCUGUGGAGCACACCAACUCACCCGUCAACCAGAUCAAGUUCUCCAUGGAUGAAGGGCAGUGCUGGCAUACAUACAACUUUACCGCCGACCCACUUCACUUCAGCGGCAUGGACAGCGAGCCCGGGUCCCGCUCCAUGAACGUCAGCCUGUGGGGCCACCGGAACGACUUCAGUAAAUGGGUGGUGAUCACUAUAGACUUCAAGAAGCUUCUCAGCAGAGACUGCAAUGAUGCGGACUACGUAGAGUGGCUAGCUCACAACGCGGACCCGAGUGGAUCGAGUGACGGCUGUGUGCUGGGUUACAAAGAGAACUUCCUACGCCUGAGGAAAGAUUCAGUUUGCUGGAAUGGGAGAGACUUUGCAAUCACCAAGAAGCUGUCCCCCUGUCCAUGCACAGUGGCUGACUAUCACUGUGACUUUGGGUAUCACCGGCCAGAGAACAGCUCUGAGUGUGUGAUACAGGAGGAGAUGAAGGUCCGAGCUUUAGAGUUGUGCUUAAACGGGACCACCGAACAGUUGCAGACCAGCGGCUACCGCAAGAUUCCAGGAAACCACUGUGAAGGAGGUUUUCAACCAGCCAGGAAGGAGACUGACUUGAGAAAGAUGUGCACCAGUGACGCCGUUCACUCCACUUCUCUGCAGACUGAGGACCGUUCACCAAACACUGCCGUCAUAGUGAUGGUUGUCAUAGCGAUCCUCCUGACGAGUGCUCUGGCAGGCGUUUGGUUUGUUAAGAAGUACAUUUGUGGAGGACGGUUCCUUGUGCACCGAUACUCUGUUAUGAGGGAACACGUGGAAGCGGACAAAAUAGAAGGUGUAGAUGAUGUUGACACUCAGUACAUGGAGACGGGAAAAUCACAGAUUCAUGAAGAUUCAGAUCAGGACCUCAUAGAAUAGGAAUUCUCCUCACUCAAGGGCUUCCAUGAUGCCUGGGUGUAGCUGACGCUCCCACAUGCUGAUUAACAACUGCUUCACGUGUCUCACUCUUCCCUGGUGGCUGGAGGGCUCAGCCGUGGCGGAGCCACUUCUUUAUGUUGUACCAGGUGGUUCAGGGAAGGAGGGACAAGCCGAGUGUAAAACGGAGGAUUGGCUCUGGGUUUUCUUGUCUCUAAAAAGGGCCAUUGAGUGUGAAUAUGGGCCAUUUUGUGCUCCUUGGGCUUCCUUUCAUCCUUACCAGAGAACAUGGCCUUGCACUGUAGAAACAUUAUACAGACGCUAUAGGUUUUAGCCUGUCAUUUAAGUACUUGUAUUUUCGGCAUUGAAGGUCAUUUUGAUAGUUUCACCAGUCGUUAAAGUCAGACACCAGCUUAUUUGUAAAGACUACUCACUGUGUACAAGUUAUUUUGUUAGUUCCUUGCUUUGUCUGUGGGAGUAACCAGGUAAAAAUGAACCAGAAUUUGAGUAUAAUCCCAUCGCAUGAUGCAGUUUAGAUGCAAACUUUUCCGUAAGCUCCAGUUACUAAACAUAAAACUGUAGAAGCUUUAGUAAACAGAUGCUUAUUUUUUUACAUCAGUCAAACAAUAAAAAAGCUGCAUUAAUUGUCAGAGAUACUUUCAUUCUCCAGUAGUAUUAAUCAUGUCAACAUACUUGUUUUUGUCCUUUUAAUUGAUAUUAAUUAAUUUAAAUUUCGAGUCAAGUCUGUGUGAUGCCUGUAACCAAAAUAAAAAGAAAUGGAAAAACAAAAAAAACUAUAGGUGUUGAUAAAUGUAGAAAAUGUUCAUCUCUCUUUUUGGAGAGCCUGAAGCUUUUUUGAAACUUUUAGCUAUUUAAAACCAGAUAAAGUUUGAAAGUCAGGUAAACUUUAUAUUCAGAUGACACUUAACUGCAGUAAGUGCAAAAAUUGAAAAUAAAACAAAGACAGUAACUAAAUAGGCUUAUCAUGAUCAUUCAAUUGUAUUUGGUGGUAAAUUGUCACAUAUAUAAUUGUUAUUGAUUUUUUUCUUAUUCAUUUAAGCCUAAUAAUAGUUUUAUAAUCAUAGAACCAUGAUGUUGGCCAUAAACAUUUCAGUUUGCCAUUUAGGCUUUGUGAAAAAGAAGAAAAAAAAAGCUUAAUUAAACUCACCCUUUUCAUUAUGUCAAGAAGCCAAAAAUGUGUCCGCAACACUGCUGCUCUUCAGACAAACUCUUGGCAAUUAUGUGGCAAUAUUUUCAGAUUAUCAGAUUACUCUUAAUCUCAUCCAGUUUAAAUGUGUCAUUAGAGGUAGUCAUAAUGACUGAAGAAGAUGAUUGCAUUCAGCUCAAAUAUUUACGAUCAUGUAAUUAUUGUGGCUGAACACUAUACGGAAGUAUUUAUGGACAGAUUCAUAAAUACUUCCGUAUGUAAAUACAGCAAUUACAACUACAAAGCCAAGAACAAUAACUAUGGUUUUUCAUCUUUGUUUUUAAUGUAUGGUAAAACUUCUGCGCCUCACAUUAUUGUGGGGAUAUUAAAAAUAAGCAAUAUUUUGCAGCUUCACACGGCCAAUUCCUUGUGCUCUCCUGUAUGUGUGGUGAAAAUGAAAGACUUGAAUUGUUGCCAAAGCACUUUUAGCCUUAGAUGUUUGAGGUCGGUUGUAAAGGGAAAAAGUAACCUUAGCUGAGCGUAAUACAAGUAUGAAGGCGAUGCCAACGCAAACCCUUUACUUGAACUGUUAACUUCUGCCUAACAGGAUGUACCAGUGUGUUCAUGUUUGUUAUGUAACUGUUUUUUUCUUUUGUUUUUUUUACUGACAUCAUUCAUCAGCCAAAACCAACAGGAAUUACUCUAACAAUCUUAAUGCGGGUGCAAGCAUGACCAUCAAGAUGAUCAAUAACUGUUAAAGAGAAAUACAUUCCUUUGAAUCUUAUUAGUUAUGGUGCAGCCCCAUUACAUUACUGCACUGAAGUCUUCACAAUAACUUAAUUCAUUAAACUAUAUUUUAAUCAAAUUCAUGCAUCCAGUGGCUAUAUGAUUGACACAAUACUAUUUUAGAUUGACUAAGUUUCAUCUGUUUCCAAGGACACACUUCUCCAGAAGAAAUGUUGGGGACUACAUUUCCGCUAUCUGCUAUGCGAGACCCGAAAUUUUUAAUGAACAUUCAGGGCUUGUAUUCUUGAGCAGAGUUAAUAAAAUCCCAGUCGAUAAGCUAUUAUUUUAAACAGGCCUUAGACGGAGGCAUUUGCAGGACUGUUGGGUGGCCUUUGUUGGAUAUGAAAGCGAUUUCAUAUGACUGAUGCUUCCUCAUUUACUCAGCUGUCAAUAAGAGCAAACUCAGCUAUUUACUGGACUCAGUUACUUAUUUUUGCACUGUAUUUACAGAUCUGUGAAAUUGCCUUUGUUGAACUUCUUUUACAACUUCUCUUUGUUAAAGUUUUAGGGCCAUGAGUUAUGUCUUCCUUUUCUUCUUGUUUUGUUGAUUUCUAGGAUGUGAAAGAUGAUUGUCUCUGAAUUAAACUGCUCCUUCGCAUAGAUGUUUUGUAACAAUUUUUGCAUGUAUACAAUAAAAUAACACCAUUUCUUUU